AUUUUCCCCGUUACUAUGGAAACGAGACAUGCGCUGAUAACCUUAAAAUAGGGGUUGUGCCCCACCCCUUCGCCUUUUUUCAAUAACACGCGAAAUGUGACGAAAUGCAAGAAAAAACUAUGGAAAAUGGAAAUGAUUUUUGUAAUAAAAUAGGUAACCAAUUAGCGGAAUUAGGAAAAUGGAAAGUGUGGCAAAACAUCAUUUUGGGUCAAAUUCUAUCACUUUUAUUGGUCAUUUCCAACACAAUUCUUCAUUACGUUAACACCCCCCCGAUUAAUGUUUUACCAACAGGGCAAAAUUUCCCACAUUACAUGUUUUUGUGUUCGGUUUAUACAAGUUGGUUGGCAUUUCGUAGAGGCGAUCACGGAUUAAUCUCAAUUAUAAAAGCUCGUGGAUGGAGAUAUUUACUUUUAUGUUUAAUUGACGUCCAAGCAAACACUUUAUUAAGUACAGCUCAUCAAUUUACAACAUUAACUUGCGUUCAAUUAUUGGGCUGCGUUGCAAUUCCUGUAGCUUUAGCACUAAGUUGUUUGGUACUUGGAGUAAGAUUCCGAAUGGUACAUAUAAUCGCAGUUUCGAUUUGUCUUAUUGGUGUAGGAGGUUUAGUUUUGGCUAAUAUCGAUGAUAAAAAAAUGGAUGGAAAGAACCAAUUAGUCGGGGAUAUGUUGUGUUUAGGUGGAGCGGUUUUAUUCGCCAUUGUAACUGUUCUUCAAGAAUUAUCGGUUAAAAAUACGGAUGUUGUUGAGUAUUUGGGUUUGUUGGGGUUAUUUGGGAGUGUUGUGAGUGGAAUACAAAUGUUGUUAUUAGAAAAACAAACCAUCUUAAACACAUCUUGGUCUGACGCGAGUGUCUUAUUAGGGACCUUAACGUUGUGUCAAUUUAUUUAUUGCACUCUUUCGUCCAUAUUUUUACUUUACAUGGGUAACACAGCGUUGCAUCUAUCGUUAUUAACCGGAAAUUAUUACACACUCAUGAUAGGAAUGUUGUUAUUUAAUUAUAAAUUACACGCAUUAUAUUUCUUAUCGUUCGUUCUAACAAUGACUGGAGUUUUUAUUUAUUCGAUAAGACAAACACCCAUCGGAUCUCAUUCGAGGAGAUACACCCAAAAUAAUCGCUCUGAAUGUCAAAUUAGAGAGCAUAUAAUAUCGACAAGUCCUGAAAAUACNGCUUGA